UUAACUUCGUUUCUAGAAUAUUAAAACAAAAUGGCGACCUCCAUAGUUGUAACAACAUGUAUGCCUGCAGUUAGCGAAGGCUACUGUGCUUGAAAUAGUGUGACUAAGUUAAUAUAUUGUCUCAAGAUUUCUUUCUUUAAAUAUUUUAUAUUACCAAAACUUCGUAAAUCUAUCUGAUGAGCAAUAAAGAUUAUGUAAGGUCACAUUGUAUGAAACAGUAAGAGAAAGCAAACGCAAGGAAACAAUGGCAGACAGUGAGCAAGUUAAGUUUCAAGUCCACCACAUUCGCUUUUUUGAGUACCAGCCACAGACAAUCAAUUGCAUUGCUCACGAUGAAAUCUCACAUAGGUUAGCCAUAUCUAGGUCUGAUGCUUCAGUUGAAAUAAUAAGUACAAAUGAUAAUUGGAGUCUUGAAAUGGUGUUUCCUGGAGACAGAGAUGCCUCAGUCGAAGCUUUGCUGUGGUGCAAAGGUCGCUUGUUUGCUGGUGGUAUAAGUGGCAACAUUGUAGAGCUUGAUUUGGUCACACAGUUAGCUAAGGAACCAGUUUCCUCAAACUCAGGUCCUGUUUGGUGCUUGGCUAAAAAUGCCCAAGGUGAUCAAAUUGCUGCUGGUACUGAGGAUGGGUGUAUAGCUCUGUUUGAUGUUAGUGAAGAGUUACAGUUCUUGAGGGGCUUUGGUAAACAGGAAGGGCGAAUUCUUUCUAUAGCAUGGUACAACAGGGGGGAGGAAAAUUUAAUAGUCACAGGUGGGAUAAACAACAUUCGUCAGUGGAGUGUCAAGUCAGGACAACCAAUCAGUCGCAUGACUUUAGGCAGGAAAUUCCACAAAGACACCAUUGUAUGGUGUAUCAGGGUUACCAGGGACUUCACCAUAAUCAGUGGAGACUCUCGAGGUGUGGUCACCUUUUGGAAUGGGAAAGAAUCCACACAGUUAAAAACUUUUCACUGUCAUAUGGCUGAUGUAUUGUCCCUGUGUUUGAGUGAGGAUGAAACCAAAGUGUUCACUGGUGGAGUUGACUCGUCAGUUUAUCAGUUCAGCCUGUACUCUGUUGAUCCAGCAUCAGAACGCAAGCGCUGGGUCCACAGGCUGCUUCACACAAGGCACACGCAUGACAUCAGGGCUUUGGCAUAUGUCAAUGGUUGCCUAGCAUCUGGGGGUGUUGAUACAAUUGUAUAUGUAGCCAAACUUGAAGGGAAACAAUCUGUUUUAGAAGUGACUUCACUCUCUGGUCCUGAUCUGGUCCACCUUGCUAAAGACAGGAACCUAGUGCAGCUUCAGUACAGGGACUACAUUGAAGUUUGGCGUCUGGGAGCGGCCAAUACACCUUUUGCUGAGGAAAGAGGCCUGCUGCCCCUGACACAGAAAAGGAUCAAACUGGUUAAACUGAAGGCUAGGGAAGGACAUGAAAUCCUGUGCAGCGCCAUUUCAAACAACGGCACUGUCGCAUUUUCUGAUACCAAAAGUGUCAGAGUCUUCAGCUUAAAUAUGGAGAAUGAGAGCUCCAGCAUGCCAAAAGUGAGCCUAGAGAAGCUGUCCUCAACAUUCGCCCACCCAGCUCUCCUUAUGACAUUCACAGCUGACAGCAGCCACCUCCUUGCUGUCCUAACAACAUCUGUCAUACAAGCUGUAAACAUCAAAACAGGGGAGAUAAAACAUUCUGUUAAAAAUUUAUCAAAUUCCCCAAUACAUCGUCUGGUCACUAGUUCAGACAACAAAUACUUUGCUACAGCCACACUUGACCAUGGCAUUCACAUCUACCAGUGGCCCUCCUGUGUUCAUGUGUGUUCCUGCCCGGUGCAAACAGCCCAAGUCAGUGCCUUAGCCUUCUCUCCACACAGUCCACUCCUGGUCAUUGCCUACAGUAACCAUGCAAUUUAUGAGUUUGAUAUUGAGAUGAAAGAAUAUUCCAGCUGGUCUCGUGAGAUUAGUGCCAAAAUCCCCAAACACUGGCUCAAGCCAAUGAGGACAAUUAGCAACAUUGCCUACUGUCCAGACAACCCCAACAAUAUCAUGCUUCACACUAACUCUACCUUGUGUGUGCUAGAUAAAGCUAAGGCACUAGCUAAAAAAGAUAAGGAAACCAAACCCAACAGUUAUGUUUUCUACAAACUUUCUUCCAUUGUCAGAACAUGUCAUAAGUACAAGUUCUUGUUGUAUGCUGACUUCACCUCCAACGGGAUGCUCGUUGUUGUAGAAAGACCACCAGCUGACAUUGAAGACAAUUUGCCACCCUCUUUCAAACAGAAGAAAUUCGGAGUAGCUUAAGCUUGUGUGUUUUGUUGUGUGUAUCAGUGUGUGAAAGUUUGAAUGAAAUUAUAUAUAUUUUAUUGUUAUUAAACGUGAGAAGGAAA